UUAAUUUCCGUUGUUUAAUUAGCUUUGGGUACUUAGUAGUAAUAACCAAAGUUCUUAGCAAUAAUCUUUUUUCAAAUUUUAGUUCAUCAUGGUGAUGUAUCGGUAUGAUGCUUUUCCGGCGAGGAUAGGAAGGAUGAGGCAUCAUGUUCGUCCUUACCGAGGUCUUUUAGCUCCUUGCUAUAAGAUCGACAAGUCUCCAGGCCGCGUUCGUGGAACUGAUAUGAGACCGGUUCACUCAGAAUCCAGGAGAAGUUCCCGUCCGGGUCACUCAGAAUCCAGGAGAAGUUCCCGUCCGGGUCACUCAGAAUCCAGCAGGAGCCGUCGGAGAGAUCAUGGUCACCAAGGAUCUGACAACUUGAGAAGAAGUGCCCGUAUCCUUAUGCGCAAUACCAGCAGCGGUAGCGGCGGCGGUAGUACCCGUGUUGGGGUUAACGUAGGUAACCCUGUUAAUCCUCCUGCUGCUCCUGCUGUUCCUUCUGCUGUUCCUCCUAACCUUAAUCCUACUCGUGUGGUUAACCCUUUGGGUAACCCUAAUACGGCUGGUGUGGUUAACCCUUUGGGUAACCCUAAUACGGCUGGUGUGGGUAACCCUAAUACGGUUAACCCUAAUACGGCUGGUGUGGGUAACCCUAAUACGGUUAACCCUAACCGUAAUCCUCCGGUUGUUCCUCCUGUUAAUCCUCCGGUUGUUCCUCCUAAUCCUGGUGUGAGUAACCCUAACCCUAGUCCUAAUAUCAGUCUAAGUAGAAACAAUGUUGGGUCUAUGGGUUUAAUGACGCAUGCUUUCAAGACAGAAGAUAUGGCGUCUGUAGAGCAGAUUAACAAGUUAAAUGCAGAUAUUGAAGCUCUUGUAGAGCAGAUUAACAAGUUAAAUGCAGAUAUUGAAGCUUUUAAAAGAGAUGUUAAACAGAUUGAGGAUAAAAGAUUAGCUUGCUUAGUUAAAUACUGGAAUGAUGCAACGGUGAUGGUUAACAUAAGUAGGAUUUAGGAUUCAACGGGUAUAAUGUGUAGGGGCAGUGUAGGGGGUACGGGGUAUAAUGUGUAGGGGUACGGUAUCUUGUAUGUAGAUCAAGGGCCUAUACCCACAUCACCAUGAAUAAAGUUUUCUUUUUUUUUUGAUAUGUC